AUGCCUCCAAGGAAGAAGCCUAGGCUCACUAGUCAAGGGGAGAGUGCGCAGUCUCCCGCCAAUGCCCCGACCGAAGGCGCCACUCACCGUACCCCGAGCUAUGACCUAGUGUCGGAUCCGUGGACCGAUGAGCAGGAGACGGCGCUGCUCAAAGGAGUCAUCAGAUGGAAGCCUGUUGGCAUGCACAAGCAUUUUCGAAUGGUUGCAAUAUCGGAGUUUAUGAAAAGCCAAGGUUAUGCGCCUUCUCACGCCGAACACACGCGAAUACCGGGAAUAUGGAAAAAGUUAGGAUCAUUGUACAAUCUGCCAGCGCUCGAUGAAAGGGAAGACUCGCUCAUAACAGAUAUCUCCGAUGACGUCGACGGAAAAGAAGUAUACUGCCCGUUCGAACUUCCCCAGGAUGAAUACGGCGAGUUGAUGUUCGAACGAAGGCUGGCAAUGGAAGGGUCGCCGUCCCCCGCGCCAAGUGGCCAUCCCGGGUCGCGGAGGGGCAGCACCGUAGUAGACACAGAUGUUAAAUCAGAACCCCGAUCAUCACCGGUUCCCACCAGAGGCAGAAAACCUGGCCGCGGCCGUCCUGCUGGACGGGGCACACGGUCAUCGCGUCUCCAAGUAGAAAUCGAGUCGCGGCAGGAAAGCUCUAACACAGAAGAUGAAGAGGCGGAAUCCGAAGACGAGGACGAUGAGAGCGAAGAAGAGUCAAGCGACGCGAAAGAGGAAAGUGAGGAUGACGACGGAGACGGAGAUACAGGCAGCUCACCGGCUGGCCGAAGCACGCGGGCUCGAACAACUAAAUCAAAACGAGGGAAUAGGAGGGGUGGGGGCAUCUCGAGAAGGGGACGACGACGUCUGAAUUAA